UCAACGUGUACAGCGGAGGACUCUAAGGGCCACGCACCUCCUGGUAUCUCCAAACAUGGGGGAGAGUGAAGGACUUUGCUUAUUGAUAUCUCUCCGACUGCAGGAGGGAUCGAACCAUUACUUGUUGAUGGGCAAUGUGUUCGUCUGCAUCCGUGUACGUGGAGAGCAGAGCUGUGAGAGAGAUGAGAGCUUUAGCCGCAGAGCUCUGCCACCAGUUCUACGCUCUUGGCUGGAUGUUCGGCACUGGUGGCAGUGUAGCCAUUAAGGCCCAUGAGGACUCUGUUCCGAGAUGCCAUCAGCUAAUUGUCAUGUCCCCUUCUGGCAUACUCUCUCUCGCUCUAAUUUCGGCGCUGCAGUUUGUUUCUGACGUUAAGGCCAGGAGGAGUAAUUGUCUGGUUGAUUGAUUCAUCCAUCGAUGAAGGAGUUCAAAAGGAGAGGAUGGUUCCAGAGGACAUGUACGUCUUGUCUUCUGACGGCACCGUGCUGUCGUCGCCUCCUCCCUCUGGCCGUACUUUGAUAAGCCCCUCAAGUGUACGGACUGUGCUCCACUGUUUAUGAAGGUAUUUCACCUUGAGGGUCUGACGUCAUUGGAGUGCAAUUAUUUUUUGACUGUUUGGAUAUAUAUUGGAAGGCAUAUGUAUUUGUUUGUGCAUCUGUGUCGAAUCUGUUGAUGUAUGCAUUACCAUUUCCCUCAAUGAAAAUGUAUGGAUAUCUAUGCUUCUUUGCGAGAAAUUGUGCUGUGAGUGAUGGCUUGUUUGUGCGCCUUGUGGUCUGAUCGCACACUACGUAAUGAUUUGUAUGUUUGAGACUGUGGUUGAUUAUAGCGCAGUUACAACAUGAUAUGCUUUCCUAUUCUUCUGCUCUAAAUGAUUUAUAUAUGUUUGAGACUCUGGCUGAUUCCCUCACGUGAGAAAGAAUAGUCAUAAUCUUUCCCGAAAGAUCGACUUUAGAACCUGUUGCAUAAAUGUCUUGUUUGACAGUAUUCAAUUCGAUUAUUCAUCUUCUCUCUUUUAUCAGGCAUUUGAGAUGCACGAUGCAGGGGCAGUUAUUCAUAGUCAUGGAAUAGAAUCUUGUCUUAUAACAAUGAUCAACCCCUCACUGAAGGAGUUCCGGGUAAUAAGCAUGAACAUAUAAUAACACCAGUAUAGAGCCUUCAGAAUUUCAUAUUUAUUUUGGCCUCUCAAAACCAUGGGAGAUAAAACACAUAGAGAUGGUCAAGGGAAUUGAAGGACAUGGCUAUCAUGAUGAACUUGUGAUCCCAAUAAUCGAAAACACUGCUCACGAGAGGGAACUCGGGGAAGGUUUUUGCCAAGCAGUAAGCCAUUGUUCUAUUUUCAAGUGCCGGGGCAUUAGUUUUGAGAAACUUGAUAUUACCAUAACUGUCUGCUCUAAACUUGUCAGAUGACAACAUGAUUAAAUAUUUAUUCAUUUUCACCUCAACAAAAAUAAAAUAAAAUCCAUUGACAAUGUUUUUUCCCCUAGCUUGUAUGCACUGCUGAUAUCGGAAGAUUCCCAGUUCGGAUUGUCUUACAGGUCAUGGCUCACCAGAAAACGACUGCAGUACUUGUUCGCAAUCACGGGGUGUAUAUAUGGGGGAAAUCUUGGGUCAGUGCUAAGACUCAGGCAGAAAGCUAUCAUUACCUCUUCGAUGCUACCUUCAAGCUUCAUCAAUUGGGUUUAGGCUGGUCUACUCCCAAACACUCUCGGUUUACGGAGGCUCUUUUCGUGGAUCAUGAUAUGCUCGAAUAUUCUCGCCAUUUCCUACUGCUUCACCUCGAAGGGAUAACAUUUGAUGAUUUACCUGAAGCUCUCAGGAAGUGGCAUGCCUCAGGGAGCAAGGUGUACACAUAUUCUAGUUGUCGCAGGGAAGCACAUCGUGCCAUUAUGGGGAAAUAUAAUAGCUAUGGGGAUCUGACGAAAUACUUCUGCGGAUAUUAUGUUGCUGCUAGUAGUUACUCGGAGAUUCUACUUACUGUGGGAGUCGAUAAGCCAUCAGAUAUGCUAUUCGUGACGAAUUCCUUACUAGAAGCUGCUGACGCUCGGGCUGCAGGCAUGGAAGUAAUAAUGAUUGGUCAACAAGAAAGCCGUGACCAGCUCCGCAAGGCUCAUGCAUUUAGGACUGUUGGGUCGUUGCUAGAGAUCUGAUCAGUGGUUCUUCAUGCCCGAGGGAUCUGAAGAAGCAUUCUUCUAGGUCAUCAAUGAGCUCUUACUAUUUUCGUGUUCUGCGUGGCAGUUGUUUGCUCAUCUUCGAUUGUUUUAGGGAGGAGCUAGUGUUAUCUCAUGCCAAACAUGAAUUCCGAACGUGUACAGGAAAAUUACAGAAGAAGAUGUUGGAGACGGUGAUAUCUGAUCUUUUGUUCUUUCUCUAACCUUCGCUGCCAAGAGAAAUCUAAUAUAUGCACAAGGAACAAUUCUCCAUCGGAAAGUGGAAUACGUUGUUCGGCUUAUUCUUUGGAUUAGUUCUGUCGAUAGGGCCUUUCGUUCUUCCGGUCUGGAAUCCUACCAAUUAGGUGUAAUAAUAUAACGCAUA